AUGGAGAAUAUGAUCAAGCAUCAAGAAUUGGCCAAUAAGAACCAUGAAGCUUCACUAAGGAAUCUAGAGAGACAAAUUGAACAACUGUCCAAGCAAACAAUGGCUGAAAGACCAACCAGUGCACUUCCAAGUAAUACCAUUCCAAACCCCAAAGAAGAAUGUAAAUCAAUCCAAUUAAAAUGUGGAAGAACCCUGGAGAAUGACAAAGAAGCUAACAAAAAUCCUGUGGAGAAUGAUAUUGGCAGCAAGAAGCAAGUAGGAGAAAAAGACAAGCAAGACCAAGAGGAGUCCAAACAGAAGGAGGAAGAGCUCCAGGCUCCAAAGAAAGGAAAACAAAUCAUGAAGGAGCAUCCACAAGAACAGCAGAAUUUGGAGAAGCCAUACACUCCUUCCCUUUUAUAUCCUCAAAGGUUCAACAGAGAGCUUAAAGACCAACAGUUCCCCAAGUUCCUAGAAGUUUUCAAGAAGCUGGAAAUCAAUAUUCCACAUGCUAAAGCAUUGGAGCAGAUGCCUCUCAUGCCAUUGGACAAAGCCCUCUGUGAUCUAGGAGCCAGCAUCAACUUGAUGCCUCUCUCAUUAAUGAAGCAGCUUGCAAUAGAGGAACUCAGACCAACUAGAAUGUCACUUCAAAUGGCAGAUCGGUCACUCAAGAUACCUAAUGGAGUGAUGGAGAAUUUGUUAGUGAAGGUUGGAAAAUUUAUCUUCCCUGCUGACUUUGUCAUUUUAGACAUUGAAGAAGAAGGACAUAACUCAAUUAUCUUGGGUAGACUUUUCAUGGCCACAGAAAGGGCCAUUAUAGAUGUAGAGAAAGGUGAAAUGAUCAUCAGGGUGCAUGAUGAGCAAAUGAUCAUCAAUGUCUUCAAAGCUAUGGAAUACCCUCCUGAGAAAGCACAACACUUAAGAGUGGAAAUGAUAGAAGAACUGAUGGAGGAAGUGUUUGAUGCUAACGGUCAAGAAGAACAAGAAGAAGAGACAGAAGCAGUUCAAGAAGUCUCUAAAGAACAAGUGACUGAAAUUCCCUCUUAA